AGUUAGAAUUGCAAAGGAUUAGUUUCUAAGAAUUAGUUCCUAAUUAUAAUUUAUACACUUGUUCAAUAUAUCCAGAAUAUAUAAAAUAAUAAGUAGAAACAUGGAAUGUGUACCACUGCAUAAAGCACUAGAACCGUUGGCUUGGCUGGAAGGAAUGUGGAAAACGGAGAAUCAAGGCAGCGGCAAAUACCCAACGAUUAAAGAUUUUAGCUAUUAUGAUGAGAUAAACUUUACAUCCUUAGGGCAACCUAUGUUCAAUUAUACUGCCCAAAGUUUUUCCAGCUCGGAUUUAAAAAAGCCAAUGCAUCGAGAAACAGGUUUUCUGAAAGUGAAGCCUGGAACUAAUCAAGUAACUCUUAUCUCAGCACAUAAUUUUGGUUUAACUACCAUUGAAUGUGGAGAAAUAACAGACAAAACCAUCAAUUUAAACAGCACUGAUAUAACUAGGAUAAAAGAGGCAAAGAUGCCUCAUGUAAUACAGGUACGCAGGGAAUUUAAACUUCACGAUAAUUGUUUGGAAUAUGUGUUUUACAUGGCAACAUCGAGUACCCCAGUGUUGACUGAACACUUACGAGCAAAAUACAUGAAAGUGAACGAAAAGUAAUAGAAAGACGCAAAGAUAGGGUGACCAAACAUUCGGUUUUUCCCAGACAUAUGCUAUACUUUUCUUUUAAGAUGCCGGCCGGCCGGUAUACUUUUCAGUAUGUUAGAUUGUGCUCUUUUUGCCUUUUGGUACUUAUUUUGAGAAAGAGCAAGAUGACCGAAAGUUAUUGAUUCUAUUACACAUGAAAUACACAGUAAGCUAAUCAUAAUUAGAGAUGUACCGGAUCCGGUGUCAUAUUCUUUUCAGAUAUCCGGUGCAUUCUUAACUAUUAUAUAUCUAUGAUAAAAUAUUUGAAAAUUAUUAAAUAUUUAAAAAUAAAUAUAA